AUGGUCCGUCAACUUCACCAGCGACCCCCCUUCCGUGCGGAGCACCUGGGCUCCCUGCUUCGUCCCCAGGAACUGCUGGACACAAAGAUCGCCUCUGAGAAGGGCGAGGUUCCCCAGAGCCAGCUCGCUCCCGUCGAGGACAAGGCCAUCAACGAUAUCGUCGAGACCCAGCAAAAGCUCGGCUAUGCCGCCAUCUCCGACGGCGAGUACCGUCGUCACAUGUUCUGGGGUACCUUCUUCCCUGGUCUGGAGGGCUUCGACGAGGUCACCGAUUUCGAGACUGACAUCUUCCGUCCCUAUGCGCCCGAUAUCGCUGCCUUCCUGGAGGCCGGCCACAAGCCUGGCGAGACCGUUCUCUGCACUGGCAAGAUCAAGCACGUCGGCAGCACCUAUGUCGACCAGUUCAAGUACCUGGCCAGCCGUGUGCCCCAGGACCAGGUCAAGAACCUGAAGAUCACUCUGGCCGCUCCCAACUGGUACCACCUGCGCUACCGUGAGGGAAAGGCUUACCCCAAGGAUGUGUACAGCUCCGAUGAUGAGUAUUUCGGCGACAUUGCCAAGGCCUACCAGGUCGAGCUGAAGAUCCUGUACGAUGCUGGCUGCCGCAACGUGCAGUACGAUGACCCCAACCUGGCUUAUUUCUGCUCUGAGAAGUUCCUGAACGGCUUCAAGGAGGACAAGGGCAAUGUUUACUCCGCGGACGACAUGUUCCAGAAAUACAUCAAGCUGUACAACGACAGCUUCAUCGGCCUGCCCGAGGACAUGCACGUCGGUGUGCACCUGUGCCGCGGCAACUUCGUCGGCAGCCGUCACUUCUCUGAGGGUGGCUAUGACCGCAUUGCGAUCAAGCUGUUCCAGGAGCUGAAUGUCCACACUUACUACCUGGAAUACGACACUGAGCGUGCCGGUGGCUUCGAGCCCCUCAUGCACCUGCCUCCUCACAAGAACGUCAUCCUGGGUGUUGUCACCAGCAAGUUCGCCACCAUGGAGGACAAGGAGGAGAUGAAGCAGCGCGUCAUCAACGCCGCCAAGAUCAUCGCUGAGGGCAACAACAUCUCGGUCGAGGCCGCUCUCAACCAGGUCGGUGUCAGCCCGCAGUGUGGUUUUGCCUCCCACCGCGAGGGCAACGCCAUCGACUGGAACGGCAUGAUCAACAAGCUGCAGCUUGUCCGUGACAUUGCCAACGACAUCUGGCCCAACCAGCCUUGA